AUGGCACCAAAGAAGGGAAAGAAGAAGGCAGGAACCUCGAACGUCUUCUCCCAGUUCGAGCAGUCCCAGAUCCAGGAGUUCAAGGAAGCCUUCGGCAUGAUCGAUGCUAACCGAGACGGAUUCAUCGAUAAGGAGGAUCUCCGAUCCACCUACGCUUCCCUCGGUGUCAUGUCCAUCGAGAACUCCAAGCUCGACGAGAUGAUGGCUGAAGCUCCAGCUGCCAUCAACUUCACUGUCUUCCUCUCCAUGCUCGCUGACAAGCUCCACGGAACCGACUCCGAGGAUGUCAUUUGCAACGCCUUCAAACUUUUCGAUCCCGAGGGCAAGGGCACUAUCCCCAAGGACUACCUCGCCGAAGUCCUCACCACUCAGGCUGACCGAUUCAACGAGGAAGAGCUCAAGUCCAUGAUGGACGCUGCCAAGAUCGAUGAAUCCGGCAACUUCGAUUACAAGAACCUCGCCUACAUCAUGACCCACGGUGACGACGAGGAAGGUGAUGAAGAAGAAGAAGGCGAAGAAGAAGAGUAA